GUUUCAAUAUAUCUAGCACGAUGCGGACCACUCGACAGAGGAGUCGCCAUUUGAAGUCUAGAUCCUUCUAUAGAUUAGAAAACGAGUACAACCCAGAAACCUUACAGCAAUAUUUUCAGGUGUCAGUGAAUGUCUUGGAAGCUCGUAAACUUGCCUGGUCGAACUCUCAUUCUAAGAGCUCUUAUGUCAUUAUAAUGUUGGGAAAGAAAAAACAUAGGUCAACUAUAAAGAAAAAUAUGGAGGAACCGUGUUACAGAGAGUACUUUGUAUUCGAAUUGUACCUCAGCAUUCGUGAAAUCCGACGCUUAAGUCUUUGGUUAGCUGUAAUGGAACCACGCUGCUAUGCCCCACCAAAGCUAAUAGGAGAAACGAACAUAGAUUUAGGUGCUAUAUGGAUGCAACCCCAUCACCAAGUUUAUCACAAAUGGGUACAAUUAAAUUUAAAUCGCAACCCUCCUGUGGGACCUGUCGGUUUUUUGAAAGUGGAUAUUUCUAUUAAUUUUCGCGGCGAAGUCAUGGUCAUGCCAGCUACAAUCACUGGCGAGAAAAUUGAAGAAAACAUUCUCCUACCAACGGGUUCAGAACAACAACGAGCCAACUACGUGGUGACCAUAUACGCGGCCUACAGACUGUGUAGUGGCAUGGGAGUACACGAUCGCAAGCCUUCCAAACCACCUAAUACUUACAUAAGGAUAUCCUUCUGUGGUCUGGUGGCCAAAACAGGAGUUCAGGAUCGUAACUACAAUCCAAUAUACUGUGAGCAAAUAUCACUAGUAGAGAUGUUCCCGAACACACAUCAAGUUAUUCGAUUUGAGGUUUGUGCUGUGGAUGGCACCUUCUGCGGUACCAUCGCGGCUGCUGAUCUCCAGUUGUCUCUCUUAUCUCACGAUGGAGACAAUG